GCGUGGACAAACGUUAGACGAGGAUGGCUACACCCACUUCGUGGGCGGCGCCCUCACCAUAUCCUGCCGCCCAGCCGGUGGGCACAGAAGAAUUGAGCCUGCAGGCGAGGCCUAUGGGACGUGAGUUUACUCCGUGAUCUCUUUCUCUCUCUAUGGCCGCCCUUGGUUCUCUAAUUCGCGGCUUGCUCUCAGUCAAGGUCCAUUACUCCUUUGAUCGCGAAAACCAAGUGCACUGCCUGGCGCGGUGGCACCAGAUCCUCCAGAUCCAGACGAUACCGCUCGAUGAGAACACCACCAUCGGCGUGGUGGAUCUCCGGACAUGCCUUCAGGCUGUUUCCCAGAGCAGCCCCGAGAUCCUGAACCAGCAAGAUCACGACUACAGUGUCUAUGCAUACGACUACUCCGAGCCAGACGUGCCCUUAGUUGGGCAGGGCCUGCUGUCGUGGAAUAUGGACCCGCAGCGCGGGUCUCAGCAACAAUUGGUCACGGGACGGGUCACCAGGAAUCUUCUCGCGCUCUUGAACAACGGCAGCCGGGAUACGCUGGAGGUCAAGCUGAAGUUUGCGACAGUCGCGAAAAGCACACAACGCACAGAGUACCCCAGCGAGCAGGCGGGAAAGAGGGCGAAAUCCACGUCGAUUUCUGCCGAGACGGUUUCGGAAUGGAACUCGUUCAUCCAGUCCAACACGAUGCUGGGACAUGCUUCCAACAACGGUGCUGUCUCCUCGCCCGCGCUAGCGCCAGCUCAGCUUAGCCAGUACAACCCUCACGUGAACGAGAGCAGGCCGAUGGAUACACAAGGCGAUAGCCAACCGCCACAGCCUAUCCGGCCAGCGACCAUGACAUCCGCCCAGACCCUGCAGCCGGUUGCGAUCCAGCCGGCAAGCAGACCUUCGAGUGCAGCAGCACCGAUCCCUCCUAGGCCACAGGGGUCCCUGGAUAGUGCACCUUCACCAGCAGCUUCGCAGCCCACAGAACCCGCCCUGAAGCCUCGCCCUUCGCGAUCGCGGAGCAAACAGCCGACCGGGAGGCCGCGAGGCCGGCCCAGGAAAAGGCCCCUCGAGACAGGUAAUACUUCGGCUGUCGAGGAGGGAACGGACGGCGAUGAUGGGCCGCAAAAGAGGAGAGUCAAAGUCACACAAGCGGAAUAUAGCGUGAUCGCUCCGUUUGGCGUCGCGCCGGAUUCGCUGAGGGUGGCUGCCAGCACCUCCGGCUCCCUGCGUGCCAUGAGGCCCGUUGGCGCUGGAGGAGAGACGUCCGCUCCCAGCCACCUCCAGGACGUCCCACGAGUACCCACUCCCAUCCCCGACGGGCAGAUGUUGCAACAGCAGCAAAGGCGGAGAGCACUGGAGAAUCAGGCAAAAACAGAGCAUACGAGUCAAUUUGACCAGCCGGGGCCCGGGAGGUCGAUCGCCCAGAGCGGGAUCCAGGACGCCCGGUCACCUGCGGACUCGAAUGCGCAAUCCCCCGACCACGGUUACAUGCCGGAAGACAGCGCCGGAGAUCUGAAUUCCUCGCCGCCUGUCCCGCGGACUACUCCGUACAUCCAAUCUAGCCCACCCGCCUCAAGUCCUAUCCUGCCAACGAUGCCGAUGCCCCCGAUUGACUCUGGUUUCAUGAGCGGUGGACUGGAGGAUAUCUUCGACGAGGACAUCCUGCAACGGCUUCCACAGGAGCAGACGCAGGACCAGAUGCUCCCGCUCCCGUCUCUCCCCGAUGCCACCAAGGCGGUGGUGCCACGGAAGAAAGGUCGUUCUCAAAGGCAGCAACAGGAACAAAAGCAACAACUGUCCGACUUUCCAUUUCAGGAAGUGAACCCUGGGCCGCCAGAGUUGUUGCCAACCAAAAGCAUCUUCAACCCCGCCGGCAAAGCUAAGACUUUGAACCGACAGGCCUCUUCGGGGACGCAGCCCGCGCCCAAACCUUCGACGAACCGACCAUUCAAGCGGUCGAAUACUGCCCCAACUCCGGCUGUUUCUGGGCAAGAUACGCCGCACGAACAAGUCACAUACCAACAGAACGGAAACACCUUACCACAGGAACCCGCGCGGCAGGAUUCGCAUGAGGAGCAAUUGUCUCUUGCUGACGGAGACGGCAUGGGCGACGCGAUACAGCCGGCAACCAACGAUGCCGAGAAGGGGGGCUCCGCGAAUUCUCCGCUAGAGCCUGCACCAGCGGCCUCGGUAUCGAUGCCGGUUCCCGAUCGUCCGGAACCAGAACGCAUCUCGCCCGCGCAACCACCGUCAAGGCCUACAUCAAGAAGUGCAAGUGCUUCGAGGGAUGCUCCGGCCCUGAAGACCCAAGGCCCGGCGACAUCAGCGAGCGAAACCGCCCCGGAGCCAACCUUGACGUUGCCUCGCCCCCCGGCGUCCGAACCGCCGUGCCCCCCUAGCGAUUUUGACCCACCACGGUACAGCAAGAACCUGGUGAAAAAGCAGUCCAUCAAAGAGAAACUCGAGAGCGCGAUCGACAAGGGAGAGACACCCCCGUUCUGUAGUAACUGUGGCGCCAUUGAGACGCCUACCUGGCGCAAGAUCUGGACUCAGGAUCACGAAGGGGUCCCGGAAUUCCACGAAUUCUCAGACAAGCCGGGCUGCGUAACAAUGAUCGAAGUUCUGGAGAGAGACGAGAACGAGCAGCCCUCCAGAUACCGGAUGGUGAAAAAGAACCUCGGCCCAAGGGAUGAGAAGCGGAAUUGGGUUGAAACCCUUCUGUGCAAUCCCUGCGGCAUCUGGCUGGGCAAGUUCAAGGUGCAUCGGCCUCCUGACAGGUGGGACAAGGACGCCGCUCGUCUCAACCAACCUCGGAGGAAGCGUGAGCCCAAGGGGAAGUCGAAGAAAAGCCGCACUAAGAGUGAUAAUGCCCCAGCUAAUCCUACCUCGGAGGCGUAUUUCGCGACGGACCCGAUUGGCCCGCUGGACCACGAUUUCCUAACGGAUCGUUAUGAGAAUGGGGCGCAGUCACAACAACCGAGCGCCCCAACGGCUGAUGAGCAGCAUUUAAACUUGCGGAGCUCCCCCAGGCAACGCUUUCUGGGAUCGACUCACUCGCGGGGCAGUGGAACAGCGGACAGCCCUAUCGCGGUUGAGGACCAACUCGGUAGCACUCGAAGGUUGCUCUUCCCGUCGCCUAGGAGGGAUGGAGAGCCCAAGACUCUCGGGGAGCUCCCGCUAAACACGACACAAACAACAAGCACGCACGCACCGGAGGCGAAGUCCGCGCCGGCAGGGAAGGAGAACAAGGCAAACCAGGAGCGGCCCGGCACUCCCGUUGUUGCUGAGGACGAACUCGAACAGGAACUCUUUGGGACUCCUCCCAGACGCCCAUCCACACCGCCUCCGAAGGCCACAGCAGGCCCCUUCAAGACACCCACCCGUCCGACCCCAAACCACCGCCCUAUCACCCGGAGCAUCUCCCGUUCCAUCCGCUCCAGCAGGGGGGGCAUCCUCAAAUCCCCCGCCCAGCUCUUUGCCCUCCAGCACCUCGAACAAACACCCACCAGAACACCGCGCUCCGCCAGCGCCAGCAAGCGCCGCACCCCACGGAGCAGCAGUAAAAUUAAGAACGACAACAACAGUAGCCACAACGCCGACUUUGCGCUGGACGCUUCCGAGCACAACCAGCUGUCGAUGGGCAUGGCAAUGCAGACGCCCAUGCAGUUUGACUCGCCCUUCACGGCGACGCUGCACCAACUGCUCAGCGAGGCCAACGAGUUCAUCGGCGGGAAUAACGGCAGCGGCGGCGACGGUGACGGCUCGCCCUCCCGCCGAGGCACGGCCUCGAGGGGGGAACCGGGCCAUCUUGAUCUGCACGAUGACGAGGCCGGGAUGGACUUUGGGAGCUUCCUGGGCACGGAUCUGGUCAUGCCCAGCAGCCCGCCUUUGGUGAGGCGGGCAAGGACCGGGGGCGGUCAUGGGAAUGGCGAGGGUGAAGGGGACGGCAGCGGUGGUGACCAGUUUGGGGGCGUGUUGCAGGAAGGGGUUGGCGACGACGUGUGGGGUCAGAAGUGAAGAUCUUUUUGUUUGUUUGUGGCGUUGGGGUUCUCAUCUCCGUGGAAAUGAGCAUGUGUGUUUUUGUCUCCCGUCUUUCUCUUUCUGCUUGUUUCCUUUCCUUUUUUUUUUUUCUUCUUCUUUUUUCUUUCCAAUGUUUCCGCUCCCCUCUUUUCACCGAUUGUUUGUACCCCCGUAUACGAAGGGACUAGGGGGAAGGAAGGUGACCUUAUGAGUUCCGGAAUAGUUGGGA